AAAAACAAAAGACUUCUCAAACACCAAACAAAACCAACAAAAACAAACAUAAACUCUUCUCUUUCUUUGUGAUUCAUAACAGAUCCCAUUUGUUGGGUUUUAAUGGAAGAAAGUAAUUAAACUUUUUAUAACUGCAUGGGAAUGAGAUGGGGCCAGUUCAGAUUCUUGGGCCAUUCUUGUUUUCUUCACUGAUUUGAUGCUUUCAAUCUUUCUUUUUUUGUCACUGUUAAUUGAGUUAAAUAGCUGCCGGGGAUCCUUCAGUUUAAGAGAUGCAAUCUGAUUGGUCUGAUUCUUCGGGUCCGAUUACUCAGCGUGUUAAUUCUUUAGCUCCUGUUACUGAUACUAGAGGAAAGCAUAGGAUACAAGCUGAACUCAAACGGCUUGAGCAAGAAUCUAGAUUCUUAGAGGAAGAGUUGGAACAGCUUGAUAAGAUGGGAAAGGCCUCAACUGCGUGUAUUGAAAUGUUAACCAUCGUGGACACUAGACCAGACCCGCUGUUGCCAAUAACGCUUGGACCUAUAAAUCCGUUAUGGGAUCGAUGGUUCGAACGUGCUCAAGAAUCGAAAGGUUGCAGAUGUUGCAUGCUUUAACAUUGAUAGCCGAUCCAACCAUUACAUCUUUGAUGGUCAAUUGCAGAACCACCUUCAGACUUGUAAACAUCCAACAAUUUUUGAUGUAAUGCUUCAUUGUGCAGAAAAAUAACAGUUCUAUAGCAACAUUUUCUUCAUUGGCAAAUUUAUAAUCAAAACCUUCAAUGUGCAAA